GUCGUUGUAUGAUUGUUUUGUUUAUGGGACACAAUGACUCGCAGUCAUGAUCUCCCCGAGGUAUCACGAUCUGAGCCAACUUUCCUUUCACCAUCUCAGGAAAUUCCUUCGUCUCCGCCUUCGAUAGCCUCUGAUGUUGGCUUACGUCGCAAGCCGAAGAAGCCUCCUCCAGUCACUCCUCGGUCCUUCAGACGCUUUUUCACUCCUCGUUCAUUGCAGGAUAGCAGUCUUGGAAAUGCUGUCAGGACCAGUCGCCAAGCCCUUAUGGCCCUCAGUUCUCCGGCAGUCAACCGGCUGGGACCUGCAUUUACGAGGACACUGAAGGCUGCGAUGAGCAUACCAGAGCCUACAGAUCAUUUUCAAACACCAAGCAAAAAACGGAAGUUGUCAGUCUCGUCCGUUGUGUCUCCCCUUCAAUCAUCACCAACACGCAGAAUCCGUGUUCGGGGAUUGUUAGACGAUGACGAGGAGGUCGAGGUCCCUGUAAAAGACAUUCAUGUCGGUGCUGGAAUCCGGGUGAACGAAGCCAAGCCCGCACCACCAAUUAAACCCUCCACCAAGGUCUCCCCGGUGCGUCGAUCCAAGGCUCUGCAGACGUCUGGGGCGCUGUUUAUGCGCAGCGUCAUGGGAACCCGAGCCAGUCGAGUGACCAUGCGAGCAAAUUCCGGCACUGGCUGGCAAGACCUAACAUCGACCUUCUACUCCCGAGCUGAUGAUGCUCAUACUUGCACAAGCUCGUCAGGCGAUCGCCUUGCACUCCCGUUUUGCACUGCAGCAUGCAAUACCAAUACACUCGUUGCGAUAGGCGAUGAGGAAGGUGGCAUUCGAUUGCUAGAUUCAGCAAAAAACGAUAAAAUUGGGUUCUCGAAAUCAUACCUAACGUUUCGCCCACAUGCCAACGCCAUUAUGGACUUGGAUUUCUCGUCGGAUGAUAUGCUGCUAGCAACGGCAUCAGGUGACCAAACAGCUAUUGUGAUUGACAUGGCUACUCAAAAACCUGUGUAUUGCUUGUCAAACCACGUGUCGUCCCUGAAGCAGGUGAAGUUCCAGCCAGCAGCCAAUGAUAAGGUCCUCGCCACGUGCAGCCGAGAUGGAAAUGUGAAUAUCUGGGAUUUGCGCUGUAAGGGUUUCGAGAGACCUUCUCUACAAGUGCAAUGUUCUCUCGAAUCUGAAUCUGAAUUUGAACCUGCCAUAUCCUCAAAGAUGACCUACCCACAGGUCUUAAAUACGGUCCACGGUGCUCAUGCUUGGAUGCCUCAGAUAAUGACUCCAGAAAAAACUGAGCCUCAGGUGGCUCGUUCCGAUAUCACAGUAACGUCGCUUGCAUUUCUUCCGCCUGGCCGCGAGAAUCUUUUUGUGACUGCGUCCGAAGCCAAUGCUUGUGUGCGGUUGUGGGAUCUGCGCACAGCACACAGCAAUCGUCGUGGCCGCCCUGCUCUUCCUCUUUCGACGACUCGAGAGCCAGAUAGCCAUAUCAAAUACCGCCGGUUCGGGGUCACCUCCAUAGCUUUAGGCGGCGAUGGCUCACGAUUAUAUUCGCUUUGCCGGGACGGGACGGUGUACGCCUAUUCCACUUCUCAUCUAGUCCUUGGCCACGCCCCCGAACUUUCGUUGCACAAUGACCGUCCACGGCGCUCGGGCGGGUCUGAUAAAGACGGCCUCGGACCUCUGUAUGGCUUUCGUCACCCGCGUCUUCGGGUUUCCUCAUUCUAUGUCAAGAUCGGUGUCCGCAAGGCUUCUGGGGACAAACCAGAGAUGUUGGCAGUUGGCAGCGGCGAGCCUUGUGCUGUCAUAUUUCCUACGGACGAGAGGUUCCUAGACCCUUCGACACAACGGCUGGCUACUCAACCAGAUCAAUCCCCAUCAAUCCCGUCAACACCUUUGUUUUCCACUCGCUCUGGUCUGCGCCGUACCAAUUCAAACAUUGGGUUAUCACAACGCCUGGAGGACACGAUCCCAAUUUAUCAUACUGGCACACCUUUGAUCGAAGGCCACAAGAAAGAAGUCUCUGGUGUGACGUGGACAGUUGAUGGCGAGCUCGUCACUGUGAGUGAUGACUACAGCGCUAGAUGCUGGCGUGAGGGUCCUGAUGCAAGGGACCUACGCGUAGGCGGAGAGACAGAGGGCCGCAGGUGGCGAUGCGGCUGGGCUGAUACGAAAGACUCUUAUGAAGACGAAGAUGAAUGAUUCUCGUGAAUGCUUUAUCUAUCCCAUCAUCUUGCACCUGUUUACCCGUUUGUUUUUUCCACAUGCGUGAUCCCGGGUCUGUCUGUUUCUAAUUGCGAGCAUUUGGCGGCGUUGAUAGCAUGAACUCUUUCUUUCCCAUUAGCGGGUGUUAGUUUAUUGUUUAGAGGCUUGCAAUACCCAUUUCUAGCAGUGACUUUGCAUAGAACAGGGUGU